AUGGACAUUAUCAUCACGGGCACCAUGGUCACCACGGACACCACCACCAUCUUGGGAAGCACCACCACAAGAGGCCACAUCCUAAGCCAGAGCCAGAGUUCUGCGAACAGAUCGACCUUGUCUGCGACCAACAUCAUCGUCGACACCAUCACCUGCCCCACAGAGCCCAUCCUAUUGUUGGCCGAGUCCAGUGACGCUGCUGCUCCUGGUUUCGAGGCAACCAACAACGGGGGCUCCAAGAAGAAAUGCACCGUCGUCUCCCAGCGAUACGUCCAAAUGCCCGUCCCCUGCCACAAAACCCCCCGAGAAGCAAAACCGAUGCUGCCUAUCCAUACUGUUGAUGACACCGAGGAGACUGAUGUGAUGGACGAGCCUGUUGGUGGCUCCGCCGAUGACGAUGACGAGGAUGACAUGGCCGAAAACGACGAUGAGAUCCUUGCCGGUGGUGACGGUGCCCAGAAGUGCAACAACAACCAUAAAUAUCACCACCACAAGGGAGGCAAGUAUGGUUACAAGCACGACAAAGACGGCGACAAGGGUAAGAAGAAGGGCCACUCCUGGGCCGGUCUCUGCACCUCGUCCGGCAAUGUCUGCGGCUACGAGCUCUUUGGUUGUGACUUUAAGUCGAACGCCGUCUACAUCUCCAUAAUCACUACUAUCACUUCUGCCGUCACCGGCGACCCUACUACCGAGACUACUCCUACCGCCACCAAGACUCCUGACGAGGAAACGGAAGAACGUAUCAAGACCACAACCACGACCACAACCACUACUACUCCAGCGGUGACGACUACUACCACAGCCGAGACAACCACAACCUCGGAUGAGGCGACAACGACUGAGGUGUCACCUACUACCACGGCGACCGCGGUUGUUGUUGAAGAUGAGAAUAUUAAGCCUUUAACCACUACUACAACAACAACAACCCCUGUUGUAACCACCCCUGCCGCCAUUACAGAAGACGUGGCAGCCAUCACUACAGCGGGAUCGUUGUGCGAAAUCAUCGUCAACACGUUCAAGGGUGUCCUCAACACGGCCUUUGACACCAUCACAGGCUUUAUCCCCAUGAUCCCCGAACCCCUCAAGACCCUCAUCUCGCCCGUGAUUGACGCCCUGACCGGCCUAGAGGGUGUCGUCGAUAACGCGCUCACGGAUGUUGGCACCUUUGCCUCAACUGCCGCGUCCGCUCUGGCUCAAUUGGUGGCGAUUGCAAAGGUCUUCAAGCAGCCGAUUGCGGAUCUUGUACCCGGUAUCGACGGACUCAUCGACACGGCCUUGAACGUCUUUGGAACGGUUGCAAAGGCUGCCCAGGGUGUUGCUACCUGCAUGGGAGCGCCCAAGAGCUGUAGUGGAUUGUUGACUAUUCUGGGAUAUGUGCUCAAGGCUGCCUUACCGUUGAUCCAGGAUCAAGUUGCUGGCAUGGGAACCAUAGUGUCAGCACUGCUCGGCGGCGUCCUGAAGACGUUGGAGGGUACGAUCGACAAGUUAAUCUCGGGAGCGUCGGAUGCGGUGAGCUCGCUCAAGAGUCUUGUCGACACUGUCAACAUGUUCGCUUCGUUCUUGCCUUCGGAGAUAAAGUUGCCGCUCGAUAUCACUAAGGCUGUUCUUGAUGCUGUCGACAACUGCAACAAGGGACUCUAG